AUGGCAAUGUGGUGUUGGCGUUAUGGUAUUUCGAGUUUAUCCCUUGCUGGUCACAAGCACGCGGUGGCUGUUGGGAUAGUUUAUAGUAUCAGCGAGCGAAUUUUCGAGGAGUGCAGAGAAGAGUGGAACAGAAUCAAGAAAGCAACGAAAAAUGAUGUAGGAGAUUCGGAAUCGGGAAAAUGA